AUGAUGAAGGCCUGCAUUAUCGAUGUCAGAUCGAAUCCAUAUGUACCUAAAACUAUCAUUUCAACCAGCGAAAACAUCGAAACUGAGUAUUAUUCGUAUGAUCACUUGACCAACUUACUCGACUGUAAACUGUUAACGAUCAAUCCUUAUCGUUCAUAUUUUCAACAAGUCUAUUCAACAACUAUCAACGAGCAUGAGUUAACCGAUGAUAUGUUAGAUGUUAUCAAGUCUUACACGAACAGUCGAUCAAAUGAGUGUUAUAUAAAAACAAAUAUUAGAUUACUCAGUGCAAAUUAUGAUGAUAUCGAUUGGAUAUAUGUAAACAAACUUCGCUCAUUAAUUCGAGGUUUAAAUCAAUCGAAUUUUAAGUGCGUCUAUUAUCGUGGUUUAACUUUGAGUGAUCGAGAAAUUCAAUAUUAUUUGGAUAAACGGAACGAACACUACUAUACGAACUCGUUUUUAUCAUUUACAAUUGAUCGAUUGUUGGUAUACACAGGUAAUGCGAUUAUUUUAUUGAAAACUGACAAUGCAAGUGAAAAAGCGAAGAAAAAUCUGGCAAAUAUAUGGAAAUGGAGUGCGAUAACUGAAGAAAAAGAAGCUCUAUUAGCGGUUGGAACGAAACUGAAGAUCUUAGAUGUACACUAUUUUGGUUACAAAUGGCAAAUCGAAGUUGAAUUACUUGAAGAUGAUUAA